AUGGAGUAGGAAUUAGAUAAGUUAAUGCAGGAGGAAAUAGAAAGGUCAUUUAAUCCUGAUGGCGAAUAGUCUGAAAUUAAUGACCAGGAUGACGAUGAUUUAAUGAGAUAGAGUGUUGAUUUAGAGAUAUUUGAAAAGAAACUCUCACAGUAAAAAAGAAAGCAGGAGUAUUAAAAUUAGCUAAAAGCAAAGUAAUAGUAGAAAUAAGAAGUGUAUAUGCAUGAAAAUGCUGUUUCUAGUGAUGAAAGUGAGGAAGAAGAUACCUAAGAAAUUGCUAAUAAUAUAAAGGCUAACUAAAUUAAAAUUAAAUAGGAUGCUGAUUCUUUGUAUGAGGAAUUGAUAUAAAAAGGUAAAUUGGGGAAGGAAUAAGGUUCUUCUUUAGCAAAAAAGCCUCCUACUCCAAAUAAAUUAUAGAUAAUGUAGUAGCAGUAUGCAUAGUCAAGAGACAAAGAAAAGCAAAAGCAAGAUGAAAUACUAGAAGAAAUUUUGAAGUCAAAUAAUGAUGGUUUCAAGGAAAAAAAGUUAAAAGAACUUUUAUAAAGAAACAGAAAUCUGAAUAUAUAAUAUGAAAAAGAAAAGGCUAUGAGAAUAAAACUGGAGUCACAAUUGAAUUAAAUGAUAAAGGACCAUGAAGAGUUUUUACAAUAUAAAUAAGGUAGACUUGGAGACUAAGGAAAUAAUGGGAAUAAUAAUGAUGCUAUAUCCGUAAAGUCGCAUUCAGAUUCAGUAUAUUCAGCUAAAACUACAAAAACUACUUUGAAAGAAAAUAGUGUUAUGAAUAGUGCUGAUACUGAAGAUUACAAGGAGAAAUUUUAAAAGACUGAUAAAAAAUUACAAGAAUUUAGAGUUUAGAAUAAUAACUUAAAAAAUGAAUUAAAUAAAGCCUUGAGAGUUAUUACUAGAGAAGUUGGAGAGAAUGUGAAUAUAGAUAAAAUUUUACUAGAAGAGAAUGGAUGGAAAGGAAGAGCUUAGCAAAUAGAAAAACUGAAAGCUAAAGUUAGAGAUUUAUAAUAAAAAAUAGGUAAUAUAAGCCAUACUUCCAUUAACAGUGAUAUGAGUGGAUUUAGCAGUGCAGGAUUAGGACUUACUGGCUAAAGCCACAGAGGAAAUAGUUUAGGAGGCCAAGCAGCAUCAGAAAGAAGAAAAGAAUAAGAAGAGUUAAAACAAUAAUUUGAUAAAAUAAAACAAGAAAAUGAGUUAAUUGGCUCUAAACUAAAAGCAGUGACUGCAAGAAAAAAUAUACUUGAGAAAGAAAUAAAAGAAAUAAGAAACGAAUAUGAUAAUAAUAAGAAAAUAUUACUCGAUAAAAGUGACAACGAUAACAAAUAUAUAUCUGCUCUUAAAUAAGAAAUAGAUAAGUUAAGAAAAAAAGAGCCUGAAGUAAUAAAUAAAGUUGUUUAUUAGAGAGUGUAUACAAAUAACACAGAUGAAGAAAAUGAGAAAAAGUUAAAAGCAAGUGAUGAUGAAAUGUCGAGACUUCGUCAAGACAUGAAAUACAUGAAAAAUGAGCUAGAGUAAAAAGAAAGAAUGAUAAGUGAACUUAUAUCAGAAAAAAUUAAAAGUGAUAAGCAGUAAGUUUAGAAAGUAGUAUAAAGUUCUAACUUAGGUAAUGACGAAGCUCAUUAAAAAAUAUAAAAACUGGAGGAAAUGGUGAGGGCUUUAAAAAAAGAAAGAGAAGAUUUUUAUGAUUCAAAACUUAACGAUAAAGAAUCAGCAAAAAUAAUUAAAGAAUUAUCAUUAUAAAAUGCCAAGCUAAGAAGUAAAAUCGAUGACUUGAACUAGCAAAAAAAGUGA